AUGGAGGCAUUUGAAGUAGUGAAUGAAGGGAUUGGUGAGCAAAUUGAGUUUAUUUGGAGGAAAAUCAGAGAGCCUGUGAUUGUGCCAAUGCUGAGAGUUGCGGUGCUUUUGUGCUUAGGCAUGUCGGUGAUGAUGUUGGUUGAUAAAGUUUAUAUGGGAAUUUCGAUUUGUUUGGUGAAGUUGUUUGGGAGAAAACCAGAGAAGCGUUAUAAAUGGGAGAGUUUUGAGGAUGAUCUUGAGUUGGGGAACUCUAAUUACCCAAUGGUUCUUGUUCAAAUUCCAAUGUAUAAUGAAGGAGAGGUUUAUCAGUUAUCAAUUGGUGCUGCAUGUGGAUUAUCUUGGCCAUCUAAUAGACUCAUCAUACAAAUUCUUGAUGAUUCAACUGACCCAACAAUUAAGGAGUUGGUGCAGGUGGAAUGCAAUAUAUGGGGAAGCAAAGGAGUGGACAUAAAGUACGAAGUUAGAGACAACAGAAAUGGUUACAAAGCUGGUGCACUCAAAGAAGGAAUGAAACAUAGCUAUGUGACACAAUGUGACUAUGUUGUUAUCUUUGAUGCUGAUUUUCAACCACAACCUGAUUUUCUCCGCCGAACCAUCCCUUUCCUAGUCAGUAAUCCUGAAAUUGGCCUCGUUCAAGCUCGUUGGAAGUUUGGUCUACUUGGUGCUUGUAUUGUUGGUGGGUGA